UAGCAGGACCACAGCGGGUAUCAGUGACGCAGUUCUUGAGAAGUGAGAGAGCUCUAAACCACAUUUCAUGCACCUUUUUUAAGACACAGACACACAGUGAGUGAGGAAAUGUUUUUUGUGUCUCAGCCUUCAUCUAGUGUUGAGUCAACAGUCUCAGUCGAGCUGCAGCAGCUCAAAACAGGGGUUAACUAACACAACAAUGCGAUAUUGUCACGAAUACCGUGUUUCCAUGUCAGGAGCCCUGAUGUUCUGGAUUCUUCAAGGUGUGUGUGUAGAUUUGUCUGACACAGUGAUGGUGCUCAAAGUUGGGAGCUCCCUGGAUCUUCCUGUUCAAUACCCAAUUGAAUCAGUGUUAUCGGUUCAGUGGAUCUUCAAUGGGAAAACUUUUGCUGAAUACAGUAAAGACCAAAGUUACACACUUCUGGAAUCCCAGUUCAGAGGAAGAUUAAAGGAGAACAAUGACAGAGUUGGAGUAACUGUACAAGAUCUUCAACCCCAAGACUCUGGGACAUUCUCAGUGACUGCAGAAGGCACUGAAACACAGCUUCCAACACAGACAUUUAAAGUUUAUAUUCAAAUUCCCAUAACAUCUGUACAGAUUGAGAAGACGUGGAGACUGUCCACAAACAGCUGUGAUGUUGAUGUGAAGUGUGCAGCGCUCGGAGCUGAGAAUGUCUCCUACCUGUGGAGCGGCUAUAAGACUGGGAGUGGAGCUCAGCUGCAGUUCAGUCUCUCACCAGCAGAAGGAGCUGUUACACUGAACUGCACUGCAGCUAACAACGUCAGCUCCAGUUCUGCUAGAGAGACACUGAACUGUAGCUCUGAACAUCCAGGAACAGAAACUCAAAUAUCAGUGCUUAAACUGAUCAGUAGUCUAGUGGCGGCCUCUCCGUAUCUGCUGGUGACCAUCAUCCUGGGUGUAAAAUGUUACAGAGCUCGAGGUCAUCAUAACGGUCAGUAUGCCAUGAAAGUAAUUGAGGAAUAAGCACUUUGCUCGCUCUGUAAGAAAUAAGUUGAACACUGCACUACUCAGUGGCAAAUAAAUCUGAUUCUGCUACAAAGUUUAUAGUUGUAUAGUUUUCAUUUUUAUAAUAUUUUCAUUUACACUCAAAGCUCAGGGACACAGAAUAUUUUUACUGUAUUUAUGUUUGCACUCUUUUGAGUUGGAUCAACGUUGGAGCUUUUCUCCAAGAUUAGAGAUCACAACACUGUUAUGACUGCCGGGAAACUCGGAUUGCUCUUCUUCCACUUCAGUCUCUCUGGGUCCUCUUCCAGCCCCCUGUAUUUCACCAGAUUCUUCUAUUUCUUCAUCAUAUUUUGCCAUCACUUGAUUGCCAGAUCUAUCACCACUGCAGUAUUCUGCAUUUUAUUUUAACUCUCACUGUUUAAUUUGCUGUAUUGUUAUCUGACUGUAACUGAAGAUCACACAUAUUCAUGUUUAUCUGUCCCUGUACACAAUCCCUGCCAUGUUCACUGCAGGUAAUAUUAUAAUGUGUUGUAAUACUGUAUAAUAAAUGUAAUCUGGUUCAUGUAACCUGAUCAAGUACUUGUGAACAAAGUCAGAGUAUCUUUACAUUUACAUAAACUGCUUCAUUACAUUUGUAGAUGUCACUUUGAGAAAACAUGAGUACUAAAUGUUUGUGAAAAAAAAUGUCUGGAGAAGUGUAAAGGGAAAUAGAGAAACUGCUAGUCAUAUUAAUUUCACAUG